AUGUCUAUAGCCAGUACCGAGUCCAAAAGAGACUCUGAUUCUAGGCUAGAAAAACAACAAACAUUCUCUAGCUCGGAUCAGCAUUCGAUUGGCGAGUAUCAAGGUUUGCAGAAUGAUGACAAGGAUAUAAGAGACUUGGCUAGGCAAUUCACCUCGGAAUCCGAUAAGGAAAACCGCACAGCUUAUGGGCUACAACGGUAUCUCACAAAUAUGUCUCAAGUGCCAGGCAUAAAUCCGGUAAAUAAUUGUUCAGAUGUCGAAAGACUAGAUCCUAACUCGGAUAACUUUGAAGCUAAGUUCUGGGUUAAGAACUUGAGAAAGCUAAUGGAAUUGGAUUCCGAGUAUUACAAACCAGCCAAAUUGGGAGUAGCAUAUCGUGACCUUCGAGCUUAUGGAGUAGCCAGCGAUGUCGAUUACCAACCAACUGUAACCAAUGCACUUUGGAAAUUGGCUACCGAAGGUUUCAGAAUGAUUAGAAAGGAGAAAGAAUCGGAAUUGUUCAAUAUACUAAAACAUAUGGACGCUAUAAUUAGACCGGGUGAAGUCACAGUGGUUUUAGGACGUCCAGGUAGUGGUUGCUCAACAUUACUAAAGACAAUUGCCGUAAACACAUAUGGUUUCCAUGUUGGCAAAGAAUCAAAAAUCACAUAUGAUGGAUUAUCUGCAAAGGACAUUGCAAAACACUAUAGAGGCGAUGUUAUCUAUUCCGCAGAAACCGAUGUCCAUUUCCCGCAUUUGACCGUGGGGAACACCUUGGAUUUCGCCGCUAGGCUUCGAACGCCUCACAAUCGAGGACCAGACGUGGAUAGAGAAGCUUAUGCUAAACAUCUAGCAAGUGUAUAUAUGGCCACAUAUGGAUUGUCCCAUACAAGGAACACAAAUGUGGGGAACGAUUUCAUUAGAGGUGUUUCUGGUGGUGAACGAAAAAGAGUCUCGAUUGCAGAAGCAUCGCUAAAUGGCGCAAAUAUACAAUGUUGGGAUAACGCAACAAGAGGUUUGGAUGCUGCGACUGCUUUAGAGUUUAUUAGAGCUUUGAAGACGUCUGCUACCGUCUUGGACAUCACGCCUUUGAUUGCCAUUUAUCAAUGUUCGCAAGAUGCUUACGAUUUAUUCGAUAAAGUAAUUGUCUUGUAUGAAGGAUACCAAAUUUAUUUCGGUAGAGCAGAUAAGGCAAAGGAAUACUUUAUAAAUAUGGGUUACGAGUGCCCUGAAAGACAAACCACUGCAGACUUUUUAACUUCCAUCACCAAUCCCGAAGAAAGGAUAGUUCGUUCAGGUUUCGAAAAUAGAGUUCCAAGAGCUGCCGAGGAGUUUGAUGCAUAUUGGAAAAGAUCACCCGAAUAUACUGCAUUAAUACAAGAAAUUGACCAACAUUUUAUCGAAUGUGAGAGCAUGAAUACGAAAGAAACUUAUCAUGAUUCUCAUGUUGCUAAACAAUCUAAACACGUUAGAGCCACGUCACCUUAUACUGUUUCUUUCUUUAUGCAAGUGAAGUAUAUUAUGCAUAGAAACUGGCUCAGAACAAAGGGAGAUCCUUCAAUAUCGCUAUUUUCUAUCAUUGGUCAAUUCGUUAUGGGUCUUAUUUUGUCGUCGGUUUUCUACAAUCUCGACCAAACUACUCAGUCCUUUUACUAUAGAGGCGCUGCAAUGUUUUUUGCUGUUUUAUAUAAUGCAUUUUCUUCACUUUUGGAAAUCAUGGCACUUUUUGAAGCCAGACCCAUUGUUGAAAAACAUAAAAAGUAUGCGCUAUAUCGACCUUCGGCUGAUGCUUUGGCUGGUAUAAUAACGGAGUUGCCAGUCAAGUUUCUAAUGUCAAUGUCGUUUAAUUUGGUUUUUUAUUUCAUGGUCAACUUUAGAAGAAAUCCCGGGAGGUUUUUCUUUUACUUGUUGAUGUGCGUGUGGUGUACAUUGGUUAUGUCACAUUUAUUUAGAUCCAUUGGUGCAGUUUCAACAUCACUUGCAGGGGCCAUGACACCAGCUAUUGUUUUGUUAUUGGCGAUGGUUAUUUACACAGGGUUCGUUAUUCCCACGCCAUUGAUGUUGGGUUGGUCCAGAUGGAUCAAUUAUAUAAAUCCAGUGGGAUACGUGUUUGAGUCUCUUAUGGUUAACGAGUUCCACAAUCGUGAGUUUGAAUGUGCAAAUUUUAUUCCGGCUGGACCAGGUUUUGAGAAUAUUUCAAACAGCAACAGAGUAUGUACCACAGUAGGAUCCAAACCAGGUAAUAGUAUGGUUAAUGGGACAGAUUAUGUUGCUCAAUUAUACGAGUACUACAAUGGACACAAAUGGAGAAACUUGGGUAUAACAAUUGGCUUUGCAUUUUUCUUUUUGUUUGUAUACAUAUUCUUAACAGAGUUUAACAAGGGUGCUAUGCAAAAGGGAGAAAUUGUUUUGUUUUUGAGAGGUUCCCUAAAGAAGAUAAGAAAGGCAAAGAGAGAGAAAAAAGGAAAAGGAAAAGCAGAUUCGGAGUCUGGAGGUAUUUCUAAUGAAAAAGUGGGCUAUGAGGCCGAAAUCGAAGCAAAAAGAUUUGAAGAAGAAGGUGGUGGUGACACCAAAGAAUCUGCUUUGAAAAAUGGAAUUGAAUUACCAGAAAAUAAAGAGAUUUUCUUGUGGAGAAACUUGACAUAUCAGGUUAAGAUCAAAAAGGAAGAUAGGGUUAUAUUGGAUCAUGUUGAUGGAUGGGUUAAACCUGGUCAAAUCACUGCUUUGAUGGGAGCAUCUGGUGCUGGUAAGACUACUUUAUUGAAUUGUUUAUCCGAGAGAGUUACCACUGGUGUUAUUACAGAUGGUACGAGAAUGGUUAAUGGACAUUCAUUAGACUCUUCUUUUCAGAGAUCCAUUGGGUACGUUCAGCAGCAAGAUUUGCAUUUGGCAGCAUCAACUGUUAGAGAAGCAUUACAAUUUUCGGCUUAUUUACGUCAAUCGGACAAAAUUCCAAAGAAGGAAAAGGAUGAAUAUGUUGAUUAUGUUAUCGAUUUGUUAGAAAUGACUGACUAUGCAGAUGCAAUGGUGGGAGUUGCUGGAGAGGGGUUGAAUGUUGAGCAACGUAAAAGAUUAACAAUUGGUGUUGAACUAGUUGCCAAGCCAAAGUUGUUAUUGUUUCUUGAUGAACCAACUUCGGGUUUGGAUUCUCAAACGGCAUGGUCAAUUUGUAAAUUGAUGAGAAAGUUGGCUGAUCAUGGACAAGCAAUUUUGUGUACAAUCCAUCAACCUUCUGCCAUUUUGAUGAAAGAAUUUGACAGAUUAUUGUUUUUGCAAAAAGGAGGCCAAACUGUAUAUUUUGGUGAUUUGGGUGAAGGAUGCCAGACAUUAAUCGAUUACUUUGAGAAGAAAGGUGCAGAUCCUUGUCCCAAGGAUGCUAAUCCUGCAGAGUGGAUGUUACAUGUAGUUGGUGCUGCUCCUGGGUCACACGCAAAAGCAGAUUACUCGGAAGUUUGGAGAAACUCUAAAGAGUACGAAGCUGUCCAGCAGGAUUUAAACAAGAUGGAAACCGAACUAUCCAAAUUACCUAGAGACCAAGACCCAGAAACCAAGUUAAGGUAUGCUGCCCCCAUAUGGAAACAAUAUUUGGUUGUUAGUCAGAGAGCAAUUGUUCAAAAUUGGAGAUCGCCAGGGUAUAUAUAUGCGAAAUUGUUUUUGGUUCUUGCAGCAUCGAUUUUCAAUGGAUUUUCAUUCUUCAAAGCAGGCACGUCAAUGCAAGGAAUGCAAAAUCAAAUGUUUUCCAUAUUUAUGUUUUUCGUUCCAUUUAGUACUUUGGUUCAACAAAUGUUACCGUACUAUAUUAGACAUAGAGAUGUGUAUGAGACAAGAGAAGCGCCUUCAAGGACAUUCAGUUGGUUUGCUUUUAUCACUGGUCAAAUCACGUCUGAAAUUCCCUAUCAGGCAGUGAUUGGUACCUUGUCUUUUUUUUGUUGGUACUACCCUGUUGGACUUUAUAGAAAUGCUGAACCUACAGAUGCUGUUAACUCAAGAGGUGUUUUAAUGUGGUUGUUUUUAACGGCGUUUUUUGUUUACACUUCGACUAUGGGACAGUUGUGCAUUUCAUUUAUGGAACAGGAAAUAAAUGCUGCUAAUCUUGCCGUUAUGUUGUUUACACUUUGUCUUAACUUUUGUGGUGUUCUUGCUACUAAAGACGCUUUACCCGGUUUCUGGAUCUUUAUGUACUAUUGCAAUCCAUUUACGUAUAUGGUACAGGGUAUUAUGGCUACAGGAUUGGCGAAUACCCAGGUUGUAUGCAGAGCCUCAGAGUUUGUUACGGUUGUUCCACCUAGUGGAGAUACAUGUAGCAGUUAUAUGGAUCCAUAUAUUCAAACGUUUGGAGGGUAUGUCGAGGUUAUUAAUGGCGAAUGUAGAUUUUGCCAGAUGAGGUACACAAAUGCGUUUUUACAUUCGAUUAACGCAGAGUUUAAUCAAAGGUGGAGAAACUGGGGGAUUGUUAUAUCUUUUAUUGCUAUAAAUAUGGUUUUAACAACAGGGCUUUACUGGCUAGCUCGUGUACCAAAAGGAAAUAGAGAAAGAAAACAUAAAAAGUAA